AUGAACCUAACUGUGCUCAAAGCUUUCAUGGGCUUGCUCUGGAAUUGCUGGGUUCUGGUGGGUCACGCACAGGGAGGUUUAGGAGACAAUCAUGUCCAUUCGAGUUUUAUUUACAGGAGGCUGCGGAACCAUGAGAGAAGGGAGAUUCAGAGAGAGAUUCUCUCUAUCCUGGGUUUACCUCACAGACCCAGACCAUUUUCACCAGGAAAGCAGGCUUCUUCUGCACCCCUCUUCAUGCUGGACCUGUAUAAUGCCAUGACAAAUGAAGAGGAUACUGAGGAGCUGGAGUAUUCACUAAAGGGAUCAAUGGCAGGGGAGAGCAGAGGGAUACGGAAAGGAUACCCUGCCUCUCCAAAUGGAUAUUCACGGAGAAUACAAUUAUCUCGCAUGACCCCCCUGACCACACAGAAUCCUCCCUUAGCCAGCCUGCACGACACCAACUUUCUGAAUGAUGCUGACAUGGUCAUGAGCUUUGUCAAUUUAG